AGACGCGUGUUCCUUGCAGGGAGGAGAGAAAGAAAGAAACCUCUCCCCGGGAAGCAGAGAAGGAAGCGGGAUCCAGCCGGGCACAGCCUUUCCCCACCUACUUUGGAGCUUUGACCCACUUUCCCCGUCUCUCCCUGGAGGGUCUUUUGCCGGGGAAGCCUCGGAGAAGCGGGAGAGGCGCAGGUGCGCUUUUGUUUCGCUCCGAGGCCGAUUGGGAGGGCGCAAGGUGUGGCUCCCCUUUGAGAAGCUGCAAAUGUCUUCAAGGAAUGUCACAUCAGAGCGCAGACCAGGGCAACAUGUUCGAUCUGUCCAUUACGACGAAGUGUAUGUGGAUUCCCCUUCGCAAGAGGCUUCAGAGAGGGAUUUUCCAGAGUCUGAGCAGAAUGUCGAGCCCUUUCCUCCUCCUCCGCCUCUUCCCUUGCAGCCACCCUUUGGGCCUGAAUUUUACCCAAGUGAGAGUGAAGAAUCGGCUGGAAACUCUGAUCUCAAGCCGGUGAGAAAAUUCAUUCCUGACUCGUGGAAAAACUUCUUCAAAGGGAAGAAAGGCGAUCCUGAAUGGAGUAAGCCGGUUGCUGCGAUUUCUGGUGGCGUCGAAUGCUCUCCGCCGUCGUCUCCAACUCUCACUCCAGUGAAAACAGCCCAUGCUUCAGCUCAGAGCUCUUACCAGGAUCCGUAUGGCGGAUCAGGGGGGACAUACAACUCUCGCAAAGAAGCCGAAGCCAUGCUUUCUUCGGAGCCCUACAGCACUCUAGAAAGGCAUACUCAAAUUGCUCAGAAUUACAGCGACAGAGUUGAAGCUUUCAAUCUGAGAUACUCUUACAUGAAAUCGUGGGCAGGGCUUCUCAGGAUCUUGGGUGUUGCUGAAUUGCUGUUGGGCGCAGGUGUAUUUGCCUGUGUAACGGCUUACAUUCACAAGGACAAUGAGUGGUACAACAUGUAUGGCUACUCGCAACCUUACGGUUAUGGAGCAAGCAGCACCUACGGAGGCUAUUACUACAGUGGACCCAAGACCCCCUUUGUUCUUGUGGUGGCUGCACUGGUCUGGAUAGUGACGAUUAUACUUCUAGUCCUCGGGACGUCCAUGUAUUAUAGGACUAUUCUUCUAGAUUCCAACUGGUGGCCUUUAACGGAAUUUGGCAUCAAUGUUGCUAUGUUUAUUUUGUAUAUGUCAGCUGCUAUAGUGUAUGUAAAUGAUGCUAACAGAGGAGGGCUUUGCUAUUACCAGAUGUUUAACACACCGCUGAAUUCAUCAUUUUGCCGUAUCGAAGGGGGACAAACUGCCGCAAUGAUCUUCUUGUUCGUAACAAUGAUUAUAUAUCUUAUCGGUGCAAUAGUUUGUCUGAAGUUGUGGAGGCAUGAAAGUGCACGGAAGCACAGAGAAUAUAUGGAACAGCAAAUGAAGACACCAUCCGUUACACCGAAAAAGAUGUAUGACGAAGAAAACUACAGUCCCAAAGUAACAUUUGAAAAGAAAUUCAAGCCUGUGGAAAUGAAACCUGAACUACUCAACGGCCAUAUACCAGCAGGACAUAUUCCAAAACCUAUCGUGAUGCCAGAUUACUUAGCUAAAUACCCAGCAAUUCGGACAAAUGAAGAAAGGGAUCGCUAUAAAGCUGUGUUUAAUGAUCAGUUUGCUGAAUAUAAAGAGCUCUCUGCUGAGGUUCAGGCAGUCUUAAAGAAAUUUGAUGAGCUAGAUGGGCUGAUGAGGAAGCUUCCUCGGCAACCUGGAAACACCCUGGAGCACGACAGGAUUGAAAAUGUUCUGCAGCAAUAUAAAAAGAAAAAGAAUGAUCCCACAUUUUUAGAGAAGAAAGAAAGAUGUGAAUACCUAAAGAACAAACUGUCUCACAUAAAACAACGAAUUCAGGAAUAUGACAAAGUUAUGAACUGGAAUGCCUAGGAUGUCUAGCCUUUUGUCUGAUGUUUAUAUAUUUAUUUAUUGCCAUUGCUGUGUUCAACUUUCUGCUUAAAGUGAAUGCUUAAAGCACACUCAGUUUUGGGUAUAAUGUAGUUGUCAGAGACAGUAGUUGGUUGUCUUUUGAGCUCCUUUACCACUGAGACAUAUUGUGGAUAAGGUUAUUACUCAAUGGGCUAUUGCAGGAUAUUGGAGUGCUUCUGGAAAUAAACCAAAACCAUAUUGUUGAAA